CUUAAACCACCCUCUAUGCCUUGGCAGCAAACCUUUCUCGGCAAACCCACACUCGCUCUCUGCGCAGUUGGGCGCUCUCCACUCUGAGCUCCCCAAAUACCGUUGCCGGCUCUUUCGCUCGGCAAUAAACAAAAGUUGUUGUCUUGUCUGGCAGGUUAACCCAGAAAGCAGUGCCUCCCGCUCUCCGAUAAACAAAUCAAAGGUGGCACAACCACCCCCGAGCAGCGACAAAAGGCAGCCUUGUUGGAGGCAUGAUAGCAGCAAGCACAGGUAAAGAAGCGCCAAACAAAGCUCAAGGAAUCGCAUGCGCUCCCGGAGCACACAAAGCAUUAAACGGAAUGGCCAAGCGGCGGCAUUCAAACUGGCGAAAUGAAACUGAAACUGCGCUGCCUCGGCCAGCAGCUCGGCCCACUGGCUGUGCGCUCAUUUCGCAUUUGAUUUCAUUCGUGAAACGUGCGUUGUGCGGUGAUGACGGAACGAACAUUUAGCACAGAAGACUAAAUAUAGCUGGCCCGGCGUCGUCCACAACGAUGAGCAGCAGCACUUACAAAAUUUGUCGCCAACUGCAGGCCGCGUAGCUCCGCACAGGAAAUGCCCACAACUAUCAAUAGCCGAUACACAUAUAUACAUAGCUAUAUGUACGUAAGCCCACAGCCAAAAUCCGAUAUCAGAGAGCAGGAAGGACCCAGGAAGCCGGACCAGGAAGAGAAGCCCAACCAGUUCCUAUGCAGUUAGAAUCGAGUUUAAAUGAAAUUGAGCAAGAGCCUGGCAAACUGUCGCGCCAUCCGGCGGUACUUGCUCAUCUUCACGGCCUUGUCGCUGCUCCUGCUGCCCCUCUCGCUCGUCUACCUGGUGUGGAACGAGCAGCUGCAGAAGAUCCGGGGAUUCGAGGCCUUUAAUGUGCAACAGCCACACCCGCAGCAUCAGCAGCAGCAGCAGCAGCAUCAACAGGAUCAGCCGCAACGAGAGCAGCAGCAGCAACACCAGCAAUCGCAGUAUCCGGUAGCCCGGUAUCCGGUGCUGCUGCUUAACAAGAACAAAAACAAGGACCUGACCGUGGUGGCAACGGGCAAGACAAAGAACAAGUGGCGCUAUGUUGAUAAAGACAGCAACCAGACGCUCCUGCCCCUCAUCCCCGAGUAUGCCGUGGAGAGCCUCACGCCGCAGGAAAUGCUUCAGGUGGAGCAGCGGAUGGAUCAGCGGAGGGAGCGCUUGAAGGACAAGUGCUCCGCCUACGGCCUAGACGUCCUAGGUCACGACUCGUGGCACACCCCAAACACGUGGGAAUUCUUGGUCAAUAAAAAGUAUCACAUUAUCUGGUGCAACGUCUUUAAGGCCGCCUCGUCAUCCUGGAUGUUCAACUUCAAUGUCCUGGCCGGCUACUCACCCAGUUAUCUGCGCAAAACCAAAAAGAUUCUUCUCAAUCUAGCCAGGGAGCGCUAUCCCCGGGUUACGCUCGACGAGCUGCGUGAGGCCCAGAACUACUCGCUGACCUUCAUCAUAGCCCGCAAUCCCUUCGAGCGUCUGUUGAGCGCCUACCGCGACAAGAUGGUGUUCGCCCUUCCCUACUCCUUUCAUGACAAAUUGGGACGCAGCAUUGUGCGAAACUAUCGCAAGAGGCCUUCUCUGGCUGCUCGGGCGGCCAACACCAAGUUCCCCUCGUUCCCGGAAUUCGUGCACUGGCUCCUCGACCAGGUGAAGCGGAACAGCUUCAUCGACAUGCACUUCGUGGCAGCCACUUCCUUCUGCACUCCCUGCCUCAUCCGGUUCGACAUGAUACUGAAGUUCGAGUCCCUGGCGGAGGAUCAAUUAUAUCUAAUCGAAAAGACUGGCCUGAAUCGGGUGAUAGCCCCCGUGUGGCGCAACAUGGGCAAGGGUCGCAAGACGCACGAUCUCCAGCAGCAGUUCUAUGCACAGCUUACCCGACAAGAGAUGCUGGAGCUCUACGAGUAUUACAAAUACGACUUUGAGCUGUUCGACUAUGACAUCCAGGAAUAUCUGCAGGUGGCCCAGCCCGACGAGGCCGGCAGUCCUGCGGGCUCAAAAAGUUAAUCCCAGUCCUUUAAUCUUAGACUUUGCUAACAACCAAUGAAUCAAGUUCAACGAACUCACAUAUUAGCCGUCACAGUACGUAAUUGCAAAUGUUGAUAAUACUGAAUGAAUACAAUAAUAAAAUUAACUAAAUUUAAA